GAGCGACUCUCGGGCGCUUUGUGCGCCUUUAGCUCCACCUGGCGGCCAACGUGGAUUUGUGCAGGGAAGUCAACAUGGCGGCUCCCGUAAGGACACUGUGCUGCUCAGUGUUAAGACUCUCCGGCAGACAGUUGAGCACAACGUGCGGAGUUCAAGCCGGACAGAAAUGGAGGAAAGAACACGGACUUUCCAGAAGCGGCACAGAGUACGGACCUCUAACAGACCUGCCUGACUGGUCCUUCUCAGAUGGACGACCAGCACCUCCGCUGAAGGGCCAGCUGAGACGAAGGCAAGAGAGAGAAGUUUUAGCUAGACGUAUCGUGAUGCUGAGUUCAGAGAUGGACAGAGGAAUAGAGAAGUAUGAGAAGAGACAGGACGAGGCCAAAAGAGCGGAGGAGCACAAGAAGUCUCUUUUACUCAAACCCAAGGGGAAGCUGCUGAUGGCGAAAAAAUCUCAAAGUUAGCCCCAGGUGGUCACGUGUUGAUGAAUAUAUUUGUGAAGACGUAUGAGCUUUAUAACUUGAUCUGUCUUUUUUUUUUUUUCUCUCAUGCAAUAAAUGUGUUUUUUUCUGAUUCA